ACUCUUCAGAAUAAGAGGAGGCCUCGAUCUGGCUUUUCAGCUACCAACUGCUAAUGGAUGUCUUCCUGCUUCUGAUUUGGACUGCUGCCAUAAACAAAGAUAAAGAAUUCCAGAGGAGGAAAUGCAAUGAGUUGCGUUGGAGAUUUUUAGAUGCCAGUGGGUCAUUAAGUGCAGAUUCCCCACAGACAUUUGGUUGAGUCUGAAACUUAGGAAAUUUUUAUCAAGAAGGCACUAAAACGUGUAUUGAGUGACCUGUCAAAAAAGCUUUCUUCAAAUGCACUUGUAUUCAGAAUUUGCCACAGUUCAGUGUAUAUAUGGCCUAAUAGUGACAUAAACACCAUUCCAGGAGAACUGACUGAUAGCUCUGCUUGUAAGAGCAUAAUGCGCUUUAUUCAAUCUGAGCAAGAAGAAGAUACAAAACGAAAAUUCUUGAGGAAAAAAGACAAGAAGUUAUCAGACAUGCAUCAAAUAGUAAAUAUAGAUCUUAUGCUGGAAAUGUCAACCUCUCUGGCUGCCGUGACUCCCAUCAUUGAAAGGGAAAGUGGAGGACAUCACUAUGUUAAUAUGACCUUGCCAGUCGAUGCAGUUCUGUCUGUUUCUCCAGAAGAAACAUGGGGAAAAGUUCGUAAACUUCUUGUGAAUGCAAUUCAUAAUCAGCUAACUGAUAUGGAAAAAUGCAUUUUGAGAUAUAUGAAAGAAACAUCUAUUGUGGUUCCUGAACCACUGCACUUUUUAUUACCAGGGGAAAAAGGUCUUGUAACAAUUUCAUAUCCAUCAGGAAUUCCAGAUGGUCAUCUGCAGGCCUAUAGAAAGGAGUUACAUGAUCUCUUCAACCUGCCACAUGACAGACCUUAUUUCAAAAGGUCUAAUGCUUAUCACUUUCCAGAUGAGCCAUACAGAGAUGGUUACAUUAGAAAUCCACAUACUUAUCUUAAUCCACCUAACAUAGAAGCUGGUAUGAUUUAUGUGGUCCAGGGCAUAUAUGGUUAUCAUCAUUAUAUGCAGGAUCGAAUAGAUGACAAUGGCUGGGGCUGUGCCUACCGAUCACUGCAGACUAUCUGCUCUUGGUUCAGACAUCAGGGAUACACAGAGAGAUCCAUUCCAACACACAGGGAAAUUCAGCAGGCUCUAGUUGAUGCCGGUGACAAACCAGCAACAUUUGUCGGAUCACGGCAAUGGAUUGGAUCUAUUGAGGUACAGCUGGUACUAAACCAAUUGAUUGGUAUAACUUCAAAAAUACUGUUUGUCAGCCAAGGUUCAGAAAUGGCUUCACAAGGACGGGAACUGGCUAAUCAUUUCCAGACUGAAGGCACUCCAGUAAUGAUCGGAGGAGGAGUAUUGGCCCACACGAUACUAGGAGUUGCAUGGAAUGAGACGACAGGGCAGAUAAAAUUUCUGAUUCUAGAUCCACAUUAUACAGGUGCUGAAGAUCUGCAAGUUAUUCUGGAAAAGGGCUGGUGUGGAUGGAAGGGCCCAGACUUUUGGAACAAGGAAGCUUACUAUAACCUAUGUCUUCCUCAGCGACCAAAUAUUAUUUAAAUUAUCUUGGACUCAAAGACUGUAGUAAAGUGAGUGGUAUUAUAAACUUUUUAAUUAAAAAAUUUAAUUUCAGAGGAAAUCAUGAAUAUAACUACUGCACAGUUUAUUCUUUAGACAUUCCUUUAAUAACAUAAAAGGACAACAUGUACAACCAAAAUAUUAUAGGCAUGUAAAUACAUGUAUUCUUAAAUGAUCUCUUCACUUGGAAGAAAGUUUUCCUCCUUCUCAGGAGUUUAGCCAAAAGCCAUCACUUGUAGAUCUGCAUGGAAUGAAUUCCUUCUUCAGACCUCUUCAUAACCAACAUGACAUCUGUUUUCAAAAAAUACGUUAACAUUAAAAACAUUUUUUAAAAAAUGUUUUCUCCCCCAAAUUUCCACCAUGCCAAAUAAAUGUUAGACUCUAGUAGUAGUAACUGUAACCACUAUUAAAAUAUGAAUGAAGAAACAAUAUUAGAAAUAAGAAUAAUAAUACUUAAGUGAAACAAUAAAUUCUAUGCUAGAAAGAGAUUCUUGAGCGAGAAAGGAAGAAUCAGCUAUAAGUCACUUACCAGCACCUCCUUUUCCCAUUUGUAUUUUCUGUGCUUCCAAAACUACGUUUCUGUCUGACCACUGGAACACAGUGAUCCCCAUCAGAUUGUUCACUUGAUUUUAUUAUCUGCAUACAUUUAAUUGUUGUAAGAAACUUGGCACAUUCUGGGAAUCCACAUGACCAAGCAAGAUCUUCAGCUGUUUGCCCAUUCUUAUUACAUAAACUGAAAUUAGACAAAAAUUGAAUUAAAUAAAAAUUGAUAAUUGUUUAGUCUUUUUAUAUCUUUCUAACAAAGGCAUUUGGGGGCUUAUACCAAGGUUCGUUGCAAAAUAGAAGCAGUAUUAGACUGGAGGUGUGUAGCUGAGUGGAGGCCCUAUAUUCAAUCCCUAGCUGGCAUGUGCAGGCGCAUGUGCUUGCACGUGCACACACACAAAAGAGGUAAAGGACACUGAGGGAUGCUUGUUUUUGUUCGCUGUUGUAUCCUUAGUGGCUAGCAGAUUCAGCCCAGAGUGGACAUUCCAUUGUAUUUGUAUUUCAGUAUUGUAUUUCAUUGUUGAAUGAAUGCAAGAGUAUUUGGUGCCUAAUACAAAAAUACCCAAAUGUAGUCAAUGAGGAAAAGUGUAAUACUGCAGUGCUAUAAAGAACAGAAUUGCAUCUAUUAGUACUUAGGAUCUAUUUUUUAUUUACUCCAAUUUAAAUAACAUUACCAUUUAAAUAACAUUACCAAUUAGUCAAGCAUUAUUUUCAAAAGCACAUGUACUUAAGCUUGAGGAGUCUGGUUACUUCAGUCCAAGAAAACAAAAUUUGAAGCCAGUGAUUUUAUUUUAUACUUACUCAAUUUGGGCAUCACCAGCUACAAGGAGGCUAAGGCAUUCCAGGCUUCCAACUUUUGCUGCCUUGUGGAGUGGAGCCUCUCCCAAAACAUCCUUUAGGAUAAGACAGCACAUUUUAGAGUCCCCAAAACACUUUCCAUAUACGCUAUUAAGUGAAGUCUAAUAUUAACUAUUUGUGGAAGUCAGUCAGAAUUUCAUUACCUGGACUGAAUUCUUAAAUUUAAAAACUUUUCCCUUACCAUGCUAUUUAGUACAAAGUUCUCAUUAAUAAAAAAAUGUAUGUAGCCACAUCCACACACUAAAAUUUAAAUAAAUACAAAGAAAAUAAGUUCUACAGAAGUCAAAAAAGUUCACAAUUUAAGAUCUGUAGGAAACUAUAAUGGUUGUGAGCAUGCCUCCUGAAUAUUAUUUAAAUUGCUAUAUGGAAGCUUUUAGAAAUGUAGCAAUUCUUUUGAAAUAAACCACAAACCUAUGUUAUCCAAUGUAAUAGCUAAUAGACACUGAUGGCUAUGAAAUGUAAUGCUAGAUUGAACUGAGUUUGCUGUAAGAGUAAAAUACACCCGGAUUGUGAAAAAGAAAAUGUAAAACGGUUCGUCAAUUGUUUUAUAUUUAUUACACAGUGAAAUUAUACUUCAGAUAAAUCAUGUUAAAUGACAAAAAUUAACCUCGUUUCAUUCUACUUUAAUAUAGAUACUAGGAAGUUUUAUAUAUGUAUCUUGCAUGAUAUUUCUGCUAUAGCCAUGCUACAGAUACGUCUAUAACAAUUGAAACAACUGAAUGUUCUGGCAAUUAGGAAAUGUUUGCGGAUUUGGGGUGGAGGGGAGGGCUGUAUACACAGCAACAAUCAGUUACCUAGUUACCUGUUGGUUGAGAUCAGCACCUGUCUGCAGCUGCCAGAGAAGAAAACAAGCAAAGCCGCCACCUGCAGCUAAGUGGACAGGCGACUGCUCACAAGGAUCUGGGGGUGCGUUGACAGAAGCCCCCGCCUCCAGCAGAUACUUCAGGCUGUCUACCUGUGGGAAAAGAACAGAUUCAAUACCUCUCUUCCCUUCGUUCAGUCCUGAGACCUCCAGGAGUGGCAAUCUUCCCCACAGCAAAAAAAAAAAAAAAAAAAAAAAACCUUCUAACUCCGACAAAACUUGAUUUAGCAGCGCUCAGUAAUAAGUUCCUGUCAGUCUCGCUAGCGCUCCAGAGAAGACAUAUCUGGUUAACUAUAGCCUGCAGGGACUAAAGGGUCCAAGUCUCACCUCCGGAUUGCAAUCGAGCAACAGCAUCUCCAACCUAAAGCAGAGAACUAGAGUCUCUAGGAGUGCAGAGCGGUGGGACACUUGCUGCAGCCUGGCAGGUGAGUGCAAUGGGCCGCCCAGGUGCCAGAGAAUUUAGAGACUGCCAGGGCUAGAGGGCGGGUCCCUUGCUGCCGCGCCCCAGCAGCCUAAUCCCCAGCUGCCGGAACUUUACCAGCCCUGCUGCUGCAUCUGCACGUACACAAACAUUGACACGUGCGACCCGGAACCCGACAAAACAGGCUGAGGAGGGUGAAGUGGCAGUAAGUGGGGGUCUGCUAGCCGAUUGGCCGUGCCGGGCCGCACUGGAUCCGCCCGCUUCGGGGCGGAGCCCUGGGCCUCCCCAGAGAGUCCCAAUACACGCGCGCCGAGAAGGAAGAGGGUGGGGAGAAUUUCAACGCCCGUUGCGUUCUGCGGCGGCCAUGAGACUUGCACAGAUUGACACGUAGGCUGCCACCGUGCCAAACCUUAAUCCCUCUGGAGAAGCGGCAGUCGUGGGUGAAAGUUUUGGUGUCUGCGUGCACGCACGUAACCAGGAAAAGAGGGAACUAUAAGAAGCACUCCGCCUACGCCGCCCUGGAAGCCGUUACGUGCGGUGUUGGCGCGGCGCCCGUCUCCCCACCCCACCCCCAGCUCCGGAGGAAGGAGAGUUCCCUCUGCCCGGGGUCAAUCAGCCUCGUCCCGGCACGCCCGGGCCAUUUGGGAAGGAAAAGCCAAGACUAGGGCCAUUGGAGGGCAGCCUAACGUGAAUCCAAGGGCUAGCUUUAACCGCAGGAACUGCCAUUUUCCAAAAUUAAAUGAAUCGUCAGGCGAGGCCCCGGGGGUUUAACGUGAGACCGUGCCCACAGUGGGACUUCUGUGACGUGACCCCUGGUGCAGAGCUGAAGUCGCUACUGGACUCCUCGCCUGUUAAAAUCAGCGUCCAAGCACCUCAGAAAGGGGCUUCUGAGGGCCGCACGAAGGAGGAAACGUGAUUGCCUUCACCCUGGUGAUCCGGACAGUUCUAGGAGACCUGGGUCAUUGGACAGCCAAGACAGGGGUCUCUCAUUGCUGGCAGGGCUUACUGUAACCCUGGGGUUGAAAUGGCUGUCUUGGGGCUCUUUAUACUCUUUAGCUCGAGUCAUUCCCCUUUGUAAAACUUUAGAAACCAAGGAACUUCAAAUUUAGCCACUGACAUCCUGUCUCUUUCUUGACUGUCUUGCCAUUAAGUCAGAAAGAUUUCAGACAUGUGGCUCAGAGUAGCAGGCAUAAGUUUAUUAAAGGGUUAGGAAAAGGGAAAAAGAACACUGAAAAGGGAGAGAGUGGAUGCUCUCAGGAGGGGACCGUGUGCUUCUGCACUGGAGUUCAGCGGGGAAUUCCUUAGAAGUUUUCAGAGAGCUCCACCCAGGUCCAGCUCUUGACUGACAACUAGAUGACAUCAGCCUUUGAAGUCUCCACUGCCCUGACAGCUCUAGGUUACUUUGGCCCAUGCCGACCUGUUCUAUUUGAUUCUAAUUCUUACAGAUUUAAUGGUUAGGAGGAAUUAUCUAUCUCCUUGAGUUUCAGGAUCUGGUCUGUGAAAAGGGAUCACAAAAGUCUCCCCCUUCUCAGUAACUUGGAAUCCUCUUAUCGACAUUAUUUUGGAUCUGUAUUUCUCUUGCAGAUAACAGGUAGUUUGCCAAGGAAUAUGACAUAAUCUUGUCCUCUUAAGCCAGGCAGGGCUGCGGGAAAAUUGCUUCUUGGAAAAUAAAGAAUGUGGGAGUCAGUGGUAGCCCAUUUUAUAGAAUUAUUCCCUUAACCUCAUGUUCUGGCCAUUUGAAUCUGUCUGCCCCCAUCAGCCAUAUAUUUCUUCCCUCUCAAAUCUUCAGGGAUUCACUUCUAUCUAGAAGGACUGAAAAAUAGAUGUGUUUGUAAUGUUUUUAGGGGAUUAUCUCACUGUCUUGGAAAGAGUGAUUUUUCAGUUGUAAUUUUUGUUAAAGUAUAUUAUUUGUAAUAGGAGCCAUAAAAUAAUUUGCAAUAAAUUGAUGUUAUUAAACUUGUGCAGUAAGCCAGAGAGUAGUUUUAAACAUUUUAAUUCAUAUGAAUCUUUGAACUUAAAUUGGUAUGUAUAUUUAACUAAAUAUAUGUAUAUAUGUUUGGUACUGGAAAUUGAACUCAGGGACACUUGAUCACUGAGCUACAUCCCCAACCCUAUUUUGUAUUUCAUUUAGAGACACUAAGUUGCUUAGCGCCUCGCUUUUGCUGAGGCUGGCUUUGAACUCUUGAUCCUCCUGCCUCAACCUGGGAUUACAGGCGUGCACCACCACACCUGGCCUAUAUGUAUACUUUUGAUAUUUAAUUAUCCAUGGUACCUUUUAAAUAGCACUGCAGAAAUACUGUCAGAGAUGUGGCAAACACGUACCCAUAUUGCCAAUUUCCUUUUUCUCCUGUUUGUUAAUUAGAUAAAUAUUCUAAAAGAACAUGUAAUUAAGCUUCAGGUUUGCACAUAUGUUCAUUUUUAGAAAUUCCUAUUAGAAAGUUGUCAUCACAGAAGUUCUUGAGAGUUCUAAACAUGUAUCAUGCCAUUAACUUACAUAAUGGAAUAUAUAUGUGGUGAAAGUGCCUACACAUUGUAUCCUUUUUUAAAAAAAGAUUAUGUUCAGCAUGCAUUAAAUCUGGUAAUUAUUUUAAAAUUCCUUUUAUAUGUGUCAGUUUUUCAGGGAAAGGGAAUUUUGUACUUGUUGCAUCUUUUUUUUCCUUUUCUCACUGAAUACUUAUCUAUUUACAGAAAAAAAUUGGUAAGGCUUUGAGAGAUUCAAUAAACUUGUCUAAAGUCUUGGCAAUAAAUUAAGGGAUAGAGCUGUAAUUUGUGCUCAGUUUGACUUUAGAGCCCACAUUCUUAUCACUCCUAUACAACUUAGAGAAUUGAUCAUCUUUGGCAAAUUGUUACUAAAUUUGACUUUAAAGCAGAAGAUAUCUUCUAGAAAAUUAUUAUAAUUGAUUGAAAAUGUUUUCAUUUAAUAAUGGCUGUUAAUGUAGCUUCGUCCCUGGAAUUUUAUCUCCCACAGUGCUUAGCCUAAUGCCUACAAUUCAAGAAAUUCCUUUUGAGUAAAUGAAUGAAUAUGUGUCCAUUGGUGAAAAUUAUAAAAUAUAAGUGGAACAAUAAA